AUGAUGUUUAAUGCUAAUCUGUUGAUGGCAGUUGUCAUGUUAUGGACUGGAUCCUUAAAACUUGCCAGUGCUCUACCCCAAUCCAAUAAUAUUUUGGAAAAAUCUGAGCCUUUUACAAAGAACAUAGCUUUGAAUAAACCUACUAGUAUGAGCAGUGUGAACCAUAAAUACGUGGCAUGUAAAGGUGUUGACGGAAAGUUGACUGGUUUUGCUCACACCAAGAAUUCUGACACAGAAUGGUGGUGUGUUGAUUUAGAGAAAGUAUACGACUUUCAAUCCGUCGUUCUAUACAACAGACGGAGUAAAAACCAAGUCUCAGAUUCUCACAUUCCAACAGAUAGUUUAAAGGAAGCUAAAAUAGUGCCAAUCUAUAAAAAAAAGGUCCCAAAGAAAUUAUUUCAAAUUACAGACCAAUUUCAAUUUUACCUACCAUUUCUAAAACCUUUCAAAAACAUAUAUCCACCAACAUUAAAUCUUUCUUCGAAAAAGUUAACCAGUCGGGUUUUAGAGAGAACCAUUCUUGUUCUACGGCAUUAG